CGGAAGCCCCGCUGCCGCCGGCUAUGGAGAUCACAGGCUCUGUCCUAAUAUGGGCAACCGGAAGCGGACCGCGCGACUGUCCUACGUCACUCCGUCCAAAUUUAGUUGUGGAAGUCAGCGGGCGCCGGUGGCGGGAAGGCGCCGCGAGCCAGUGCGGGCGGAAAGUGGGGGGCGCGCCACUCCUUAAAGGGACCGUAUCACAGGAAUGAAUGGAGCCGUUCGAACAAUUUUUCAUCCUUUUUUGGAGGCAUUGGAAUUAGGAUUUCUUGGAGAGACGGCGCGUAGCGGAGGGUUUUCUACCUGCUUUGUCUCUGCAUUGCUGGGUUUCCAGCUGCCAACCGACCCCCGCCUCCCGGGGCGCGGAGGCGGAACUCGGACACCUAGUCUGGGGGGACGGCAGCCACGUGUUAACGGGGGCUGUCGUGCGCGCUGGGUUUCUCCAAACCCGCCCGUGGAGCUCCUGUCGCGGGAAACUGCGGGGGCAUGGCUCGGUAGGAAUGACGGAAACCCGCAGCCCGGGGCGGCUCGCCGCUUACAAACAAGGGCUGGCGUACGCUAGAGACCGAAGAGCUGGAGGCCCCAGUGGCCUCCUUUCACAGAAGUAGCAAAUAUUGUUUGUUUAGCAUAUACUGGCCCAGUGACUCUGCCUUGGUUUCCCCACUGGAAGGAAGCAGAUAGGACAGUGUCCUCCGCGGAGUGGAGGUGAGGGAUCGGUGAGUUAUUGACAAAAGGAGCGCUCUUAACCGCGCCUGGUAAGUAGUAAGAGCUGUUAGCAUGAUUUUUGGUGCAGAAAACACUCAUUAGACACACCUGGUAAAUGCUAGGAGCAGUGCCUACAGGGUUUGUUCAGACUGGAAGCCGGGUCUUCCCCUGUGUGAAGGGAAACUUGCCGCCCACGAGCCACUGGGGCCGCCAGACGGCGAGCAUGUGAGUGGGCCCUGAGCCCCAUCCCCGGACCCCCUCCCCUGGGCCAACGCGCCCAAGCGGGGCUCAAAAAAAGGAGCCCACCAGAGAGCUGGGCGUGGAGUAGGGGGACGCUCCUCCCCUCCAAGGUUUCCGUUCCCUUUCCCUGCUGGGUAAAUCGCAUUCUGUCGCUUUAAGGAAUGUUUGACCGCGUUGAGUUGGAAAGCCCGGAUGCGUCCCUCGGAUUGGGCGGGGCGUCGCAGUGACGUCACUGGGGGUAUAAAAGGGCCCGGGUGGCGGGCGCCGGGGCAGAGCGUCCUAGCAGUGUCACUGCGUGGGUUGGUUUGUGGGGAGAGGCGUUAGCGAGCCCGUUGUCUGGAGUGCACCUGCCGCCUGUCCUGUCCGUCCCAGGAGCCCCCGCUGCCGUCGCCGUCGAGUCGUCAUGGAAGUGCAGAAGGAGGCACAGCGCAUCAUGACCCUGUCGGUGUGGAAGAUGUAUCACUCCCGCAUGCAGCGCGGUGGCCUGCGGCUGCACCGGAGUCUACAGCUGUCGCUGGUCAUGCGCAGCGCCCGGGAACUCUACCUCUCGGCCAAGGUGGAGGCCCUCGAACCCGAGGUGUCCUUGCCGCCUGCCCGCCCCUCUGAUCCUCGUCUGCACCCGCCCCGGGAAGUCGAGUCCACGGUCGAGACAGCGACCGCCGACGGCGAGCAGCCGUCUCCGGAGUCCAUGGACACGCAGGAGGCGCCGACGGCCGAGGAGAUCCCCGCCUGCUGUGCCCCGCGCCCCGCCAAAGUUAGCCGCAAACGGCGCAGCAGCAGCCUGAGCGACGGCGGGGACACGGGACUGGUCCCGAGCAAGAAAGCCCGUCUGGAAGAAAAGGAGGAAGAGGAGGGGGUGUCAUCCGAGGUCGCCGAUCGUCUGCAGCCCUCUCUGGCGCAAGCGGAGGGCGCCUUUCCCAACCUGGCCCGCGUCCUGCAGAGGCGCUUCUCGGGCCUCCUGAACUGCAGCCCCGCAGCCCCUCCGACGGCGCCGCCCGCGUGCGAGGCAAAGCCCGCCUGCCGUCCCGCGGACAGCAUGCUCAACGUGCUGGUGCGGGCGGUGGUGGCCUUUUGAGGACCCCGAGCGGCGCUGCCGGAGCCCAGAGCGCGCGUCGAACCGUCGGCCCCAGGGCGCAGACCCGAGGCGAGGUCACCCCCUCCUUCCCGGGGGGGGGGCGCGCCCGCGAAAACCGUGGAGAGAAGCCGCCGCCCGGGCUGCUGAGAGGCCGGGAGAGGGACUCUGUCCCCAGGGAGCCGUCGCCUUCAGUGUGCAGCGACGGUACCAAGGAGUCUGAGCCGGGGGCGCGGGCGCCUUCCGAAGAAACCUGCUGCGCCCACAGGUGCUUAGUGGACUGGGACGUGGACCUUUCACUCUCCUGGACUGGGAGAAGGGAGGCUUGGGUUUUUUUGUUUUUUAAGAUCUCAGGGUCGGACUUCAUUUUGUACUGGGGGGCUGUGCUGGCCCUUUGAAGGUUUUUCAAGAGUUGGCUUUGCGUUUCCAACCUCAGAAUUCCUGGCGCUCCCCUUCCCCCUCCACUGACAUACUUGUGUAAACGGUCAUCGUUGCGUCAUGGGGCAGGCGUGGGGAGUUUCCUGUCGCCUUGCGUGGGUGUGGGGCCUGCGAGGAGGAUCUGGUGCGUGGACCCACCCUGGAGAGUGGGAGGAGAGUGGCCUGAGUCACCUCACCCCCGCGUGCUGCUGGUUGACGUCCCGCGCCUCUCCACCUCGGGUGGGAGCGGGGGCUAAUGUAGUUUCACAUUCAAGAUGUUCUCAUCUGGUGCAUUAGGGGUGACUAGGUUCCAGCGUGUCCCUACCUCAGACACGGACACAACCCAAGAUGUUCCUGGUCUGAAUCACAAGUCUGGAGCGGUGAGGGGUGGCAGUGGAAAGGUAUAAGGCUGAGCUGGGACCAGUUGCUGGUGAAACGGGGCUAGUUCGGGGAGGGGGACAUCUUUGCCAGGAAGUUUUUGAGGGUCUGUUUACCUUUCCUGCGGUGGAUUCUUUUUAAUUCCGUCUAACCUGGCGUUUUGUUAGAAAUGUCAGGAAAAUAAAGACCAUUUGAGUAAAAA